AUGACUUUAGUGCUCCCAAUAGCUUCACAACUGGGGACUCUAACCUCCACAACGAGCUCUGGAGGCGAUACUGUCGUAACUUCCCUCACCAAGGAGAAAAGGUACCUAUCACCCCACUCAUGUCUGAAUUUUAUCUUCAAUGCCCACUCCUUAAAGGCAUUGAAACACGACUAUCCUAUACAGUCAUUCCAAAAAACCUUGAAAAAAUUUCCCCCACCUAAUUUAGUAGUACAAUUGUUUACCUGCUGUCUCCCCAUCCACAAACCAUGCCUGCUCAAUUCAGUGAGGCUAUUGGAAGACCUAGGGUAA